UGUGGCUGCACCUGAACGCCGCGCUAGGGGCGGCGCUUGUGUUUGAACGUGCAGCGGGGAAACGGAGCAGCGAUGUAUUGUGUUUGUGCUAGCUAGCGAGGUUCUGUCCCAGACUAUCGCUUUAACUGGGUUAAAAUUACACACUGCGGAUAAGAUUGGGGAUGUUUCACCUUAUAAAGAAGAUCUGCGCAGUAACUUAACGUCUUCGUUUGGAUGAUCUUUGUGACAUUACGAUGCCUAUCCGAGCAUAUUGUACAAUUUGCUCCGAUUUCUUCGAUCACUCCAAGGAUGUCGCUGCCAUCCACUGCGGACACACUUUCCACUACGAAUGUCUUCUCCAGUGGUUCCAGACAGCCCCCACGAAAACCUGCCCACAGUGUAGGAAACAGGUCAGCACCCGACACAUUAUCAACAGGCUCUACUUUGACAUUGCCGGAGAGGGAGAGGCCACAGCGGACCCAGAGAGCUUGCAGAAUGAGCUCGAUAAAAUGAAGGCACUUUUAAGCUCUAAAGAGCGGGACUGGCGGGACAAACAGAAGGUGGUGGACAAUUUGAAGGAGACUGUGGACAAGCAGAGGAGAGACUUGGACAGUGUGCGCAAGGAGAUUGUGGAAAAGGAGAUGCUCUGCUCUGCUCUCAGAAAACAGAUGACAUACUUGGAGACCCAACAGAAUGAAGUUCAGGCUGCCAAGGAGGAGGUCCGGAGACUCAGGAUUAAAAUGAAAACUUUUGAAAGCCUGGAUGUGUUGUUACAGGGUCAGAGAGCAGAGGUGGACUCCAUGAUCACAGAUAUGGGUGUCAGUCAGGCAGCAGUGGAGCAGCUCUCCAUCUACUGCAUCUCUCUCAAAAAAGAGUAUGAUAAUCUAAAAGGAAACCUGAAGUCUUCAAAUGAGCUGUGCGAGAAGCUGAAGAGAGAAUUGCUCUCCUCAAACAACAAGUCACAAAAAGCCUCAAUGGAGGCGAAUAAGACCAAAGAGGACAUGAAGUCUCUGCAGAAUGAUCUGGCCAACGCUGACAAAGAGAUCUCUAGUCUUAAGAAGAGAGUGCAAUUUCUUCAGAAGACACUGAGCACGCCGACACGGACAAACGAAACCCUCAGCCGGCUCGUCUUUGAAAGCCCGGCCCCUGUGGAGUUGAAGCAUCCUCGCCUCCACCAACCUGCAGAUAGCGAGGACGUUGACCUCAAUAUGACCUAUGACAUCACCACACCAGAAGAUGUGGCCAAGAAACCAACACAGGUCCCAUCCAAGAAGAUGCGUCUUGACCCUCCAUUAACAUCCAUGUCCAAACACAAUGAGAAAAGUUCAUCUUUAACCAAGGCACGAGAUGAGGACAGAUCCAUGGAUCUGUUUUUGAGGAACUCCCUCCUCUUCAGAAAGAAGACUUUUGGUAGCAUGUUGGACCCUCAGAGGAAGCCGGGAGCUGUGAGAACUGGUUAUGACGGAUUGGGAGGACGAACCAAAUUCAUCCAACCUUCUCCUUUAUCAGAGAUUCGCCCAAUGAUGAAGGUUAGAAGGAAGAAGGUGACCCGGCCUCCGCCCAAGAUUGCAACUUGCCUGACUCUGGACAGCUACCUGGAGUAAAUUUCAGCAUCCCCUUCCCUUGAAGUGGAGUCAGAGGUCAGGAUGCUGCAUGUGAAGUAACGUGUUGGUGCUGCUCUGGCGCAGAGAAACCAGCCUGGCAGCGGUUCUGCCACUCAGCACCAAACAGGACUUUCUGAUUGAACUCUAUUUAAAAGCAGUAACUGACCUCCCACUUGACAACUGAUGCUGAGCCUUUAGUAACGUCAGGACACCUGCUGUACAUUUUUUUUUUUUUUUGUCUGUGUGUGUUGGUGUCGACAUGAACAUGUAUGUGGAGACUGUGUGUUGCCCAGCCUUUGCUUUGGAGCCUUUUCUUGUAGUUUUUAUGUGGGUGUGUGUGUGUGUGUGUGUAUGUGCAUAAGAAACAAAACCAUUCGAAUGUCUCUGCUCUGCAUUGUCCUUGAUGAUCACUGACAUAUCUAUUUUCCAUAAGCUCAAAAAAAUUAUUUUUUGUACAUACUUAAAAUCCAUCUCCAUGAACGCCUACAUGUGGAUAUAAUGUCGGUAUUUUUUUAGUUUUAAUAGUCUUGCCCGAUGUAAACCCAACUCAAAUAAUAAACAUUUUUUUUAUUAAGGUU